AUGCGACAGAGACUUACGGUAAAUUUUUCUAGACCAUCCCCAAAGAGGAGCUUGUCCUGCGCAGGUCUUGACGAUCUGGAAGAGCUGCUUCAUAAUUCAGAUACUACGCGCGCUCCUCCGAACCGUAAACGCCACCACAGCUUAAACAGCGACAACAACUUCGCUGCGGCUAACUUUGGGACGCCUACAUCUCCGUCUCGUCACGAUUAUCCACCACCUCCUGCGUCCUACCCUGGCGCAUUGCGUCGUCCUGAGCUUUCCACCUAUGGCGAGAGUACGCGCUUCCAACUGGUUUCAUCGGCAUCCUCGUCUUUCGAGUCCAGAUACACGCAGUCUUCCCCCAACCAGGCGCAAUCCAUUGAUCGUCAGCAUUCAGAUGGCCAGGACAACGAUUAUCAGGAUGACCACGAGUUCGAUAAUGACUUCAGCUCCAGCUCCGGUGACGAUCACGAGUAUAAAAGCAGUGGCCACUUCUCCACGUCAACCUUGACAUCGCAGGAUGCUUUCGAGCACAGACUGAAACUAGACCAUGAUGCGCUCACUGGAAAGCGUCUUGAUCACAGUAUUUUCCUCCCCCAGUCUCAUCGCACGUCGGGUAGUGAGUGCUCUCCACGCGAAGAGUUUCUCGUCCAGGCGUUUGGCCCCGGUGGGUUCAAGCUGCAUGGUACUUCUGUGUCAAGUAACGAUGAUUUGGAUGACAGUCUUAGUGACGACAGCAGCAAUAACAGGGAACACCUUGUCGCAGGCCAUGCCACUGCAUUAACAGACGCCGAUACAGAGCUCAAGAUGUCAUUCAACGAGCUUGAAGCGGAUAUUCGCGGUGCGAUGCAUCAGAAUCCUCACCAUCAGCAACAUUCGCCCAGACUGCCAGAGCUUACAGGGUUAUCCCAUCAGCCAUUCACGCCACCUUCGCAUGGCUCGUUCGGACUCAAUCGCACUGCCAUUUUUCCCCGGAGUAACCAGGAAGUACACCACGUCUCAAUGUUCGGGCACUCGCAAGAUAUUCGGCCUCAUCUCAUUCAAACCCACAAAGAACCAGGGUUUUUUUCCCGAGAGCAACAGCAUCAGAGUCCUUCACGUGUGUCGCUGGCUAAGACGCCACAAAGUAAAGGAACUAGCGGGGUUCAAACGCCCACCAAAUGGCUUCGCGAUGAAGACGAACGUCUUCGUGUAGCUGUGGCUCGAUUUGGUGGCAAGAAUUGGAAAAUGAUCGCCGAGACGCUGGGUAAUGGGCGCACCGAUGUCCAGUGUCUUCAUCGCUGGAACAAGGUGCUAAAACCUGGUUUGAUCAAGGGACCUUGGACACCUGAAGAAGAUCGUAUCCUGACCAGCCUCAUUACACGCUAUGGAGUCGGUAAGAUUCGCUGGUGUGACCUCGCACUGCAUUUACCAGGACGGAUUGGCAAACAAUGUCGCGAACGUUGGUGCAAUCAUCUCGACUCGCGGAUUCGAAAAGGUCAGUGGACUCCUGAGGAAGAUGAUAUGGUCUUUCGAUGGCAACAGAAAAUCGUUUCAAUUCAGCCGCACGGCGCAAGUGGCUUAUGA